GAGUGCUUCAAAGGCUUAAAAGGCCUUCCAACGUCCUUGUAACACGCAGUUCUCGAAUAGAGCGUAAUAGUACACCAUUUGAGAAGCAAGUGGUUUAAAAGUGCGACAAAAUUGGCCCCCAACCUUUCCUCGGAUGUUUGAUAAUUCCAGCCACAGGAUCGAUGGUAAUUUGUUCGUCAGUGCACGUAAAAACAGCUUGAGGGGAUCCCGUGAACUUUAAAUCCUCUGCGGCGAAAGGCCAUCGGGGGUUGGAAAUUUCAUCGAAUUACGAAAAAAGUGCCUUCCGUUUUAAACUUCGGUUCCGUUUCGAGCUCUGUCGCUUCUUCGUCCAAGUGUUUGUGAACAGUUUGAGUGGCAAUCCUUUCAAAAGACAGUGCAACAAGUAAACACGGAAGAAAUGAAAAAGGGUAGAAGCUACCACAUAUUUGCGUCGUUCCUUUUACUGUUGUUUUUCGUAUCACCAUCGUCCACUUGGGCACUCACCACCUUUGGUAAAACCAACCCACAGUCUCAAAAUCAAAAUCCACCGCCGCCGCCCACGCCAGUUGGAAAAGCUCGCGAAUGCAAAUUAGAGUCCGAUUGCGCCGGUAUACAAAAUACAACAUGUAUGGCAGAUUCACGAGAUGGAAGGACACGCUGUUUGUGCGGCGAUUAUAGCGCACCUCUUAACGGCGCAUGUACCAACAAAUUCAAAGCAUUACGCACUACGUGUAAAGAGGAUUCGGAAUGUAUCGAGGGUGCACAUUGCAUACAACGGAACAGCACUAUGCCCGAAAAACGUUGUUACUGUCAAGAAGGAUUUUACGAAGAGAGUCUUUUGGUUUGCAGUGGUAGUGCAUCCAUCUUUACGUUUCAUGUUACAAUUCUAUUACUUGUUUUUAAUCUUCUAAAAGGAAACGUCAGUUCCUUAUAUUCGCUAUAAAAUUUCGAAAUACUAAUAACAAAAAUAUUACAGAAUCUUAUUCGUUUGGAUAUUAUAUGUAUAUGCUGGUUCCUUUAAAAUUUGAAUCAACUAAAAUUACGAUGUCGUGGUUAAAUUAAGCGAUUGCAAAUGAAAUCACAUCUUGUCGAUAAAAUAAUUUAUUUUAUAAACAUACGUUAUAAUAAUGGAGUUUAGUGUGCUUAACCCUUUCUUAAUUACUUCUUAUUCGUCGUGGUCUUUAAUACUUCCAUUUUUAGUUCUUUGUGCUGGUAGUAAUUUUUGUUAUUGUAAUUUAAUAAUCGUUUGUAAAUUUUCUGUGACAUUUACAUCCUUUUCAUGUAAAAACUUCGUUAUUUACUGUUUCAAACGGAGAUUAUGGUUAUGAGAAGUUACCUUUUUUCAGGAUCCUAAAGUUUCACCAGUAAUCGUAUUAAUUUGACCACGUUUAUAAAAAAUUGUUUUAAGUCUAACAUACGGCAUAUAGUUCUAGUUACAAUAUGAAAUUAUGCUUAUUCAUUGAAACUAAUUAUAUACAGUAACGCUUCGAUGAAACGUAGAUUUUAAAAUUCAGCUAGUUGAGCUGUUAUAGUCAUUGUAUCGCUAUGAAAGUAUUAAUAAUGGAUCGACGAGUUCUUAAUGAAAAUUAGAUAAAACACGACAGAAUUAGAGUUAGUUUUACUUGUACGUGAAAAUACCUCCAAUAUGGCCGUGUUUCAAGUAAUUUUCACCAGGAAAACUUCACCAGAUUAUUUAUAAUACUCACAUAAAGAUACAAUAGGAAAUAUAAAAGUUUUUAAUUUCUACCUUUCAUCGAAACACUGCUAUAACUUUAUUAGAAAAUAUACUUGUAUUAUUAGUAUACUUAGAAAACAUACUUGAAAGGUAUAAAAUUAUUUAUAACUAAAAUAAUAUUUUAUUAUAUACGAUAUAUCUUUAUAAGUAUAUUCCAUAAAAUACAUAUUUCUCUCUCUCAAUAAUCAAAUGUUACGCGAUAAAAUUCAUAUGAAUUUUCAUUUAUUUAAAAAAAAGCGCCAAUAAAGGGAGCCUAUCGAAAUAGAGGAGAUUAUAGUAGCUUUUAUUAUAGAACUUUACAUCUUAUUAUUUCGAAAACUACUCCACCGAUUUUAAUGAAACUUUCACUAAAGUAUUUUCAGGAUCUCUUUUGUAUAGCUACAACUAUUUCGUGUAAAUUGAUUCAGCUGUUUUUAAAUUAUACUGCAUAUAAUGAGAAGCAAAUUAAUACCUGAAAAUUAAAAGUAUAGAAAUGUUAUUAUAGGUAAACUAUUAAUUUUAAGAGAAAGGAUACAAACUUAGUUUGCAUUUUCGUUUACUACAAACUGGAAAAUUAAACUAUUUAAUAACGAAAGUUGAAUAUAAAUCGGUUUGGUGGUUCUCGAAUUUAUCGUGUACAAACAUACAUACAUACAAAUAAUCAACAUACAAAUGAACUAAUUUAUAUAAUAUUAUUACAUUAUAUAAUAAUUCUAAAAUAUUAUGUGCUUCAAUUUUUAAUUGCCUAACAAUUUUGUUUUGGUGUUAUAAAAUUGAAUUAUCAAUUUAUUCCUUAAUCAAGAGAACUACAAUUUAUUAAUAUACUCGUAAUUCAGAAUAUUUACAAUUUAGAAACCAAAUUCAUGGAUUAUAGUAUUACAAUUUAUUACAUGCUCUAUCAUAAAGUAGCAGAAAUUUGAAAGUUAUAUAAUAUAUGUCACUCUAGGCAGUUAAGAAUUAAAUUUUAUUGUACAGUGAUAUCGUCUAUUGUACGGUAAAAUAGGAACGUAAUCUACUGAAAAUAUUACCAUAAUAUUUGUAUUAUUAAUGAAUAUUUUAUCCGUGAACAAUUUUCUCUUUAAAUAUCAUAAGAUAAUAUAAACCGUUUUCUGUGCAUUUUAAUACAGAUGAUAUGUAAUUAUAUAAUAUACGUAUGUAUUACACUAUAUAAUCGGAUCUUGAACAAAAUAUAAAUACAACUUUUAGUUCUGCAUUAAUUUUAAAAGAAUAAUUAUAAACUUUUAAACAUGUUAAAGUAUGUGAACUUCUAGAUAUUUAUGUAAUAUAUUUAUUUUUUAAUUCGAAAAGUGAUAACAUUUUCAGAGUACACUCGAAUCACUAUAAUUUACUUUCAAAGAAGACUUCGAUAAAUUGUAUCGUAAAAUUACGUUAUCAAAAUAUAGAGUAUACAUAAAACAUAUUAUUUUAAAUUACACAUUACGUACACUGCACAUUUUAGUCUAAAAAUUCGAACGUAAUUAUACGUGCAUGCAAUAGUUAACAUACAUACAACAUUCUUAUAUGCCAACGUGACUUAAUUAUCAAUAUGACUGUAUAAAACGAAAUAUAUAAUAUUUAAAUAAGAAUAAUAUACACUGAUACAAAAUCCAUCGGCACACUAACUUAACGGCAGUGCUUAUUUUAACUAUAAUGUAUUUUGUAACAUUUAUAACUCGAUAAUAGUACAAUAGUAAGGCGUAUUAUUUGUCUCCAUUAUACAAACUUGUUACCGGCAGAAAAAAAAAUAUUUCCUCUUCAUAGUCGACUGCUGCGUUUUAAAUACCAGUAAAAUUAUGAUACUUGCAACUUGUUAUGUGUCAGUUACAGGGAACCAAUUAUACAGAGUGUCCUGGAACGGGUGGUGCAAUUGACCACAGUGUAUAUGCACUUGACUCUGUUUCCACAUAACAAAUCUCACCUUUAUAAACAUUAGUAACGCUACGCUUUGACUAUUUACCAUCAGUUUCUUAUUAUCGGUUUGUACUAUCAAUAUUAACAAAGUUUUUGCGAUGGUCAUAUACAGUAAUUACGUAUAGAAGGACACUAGGUUUACGAAACCCGUCAAUAAUCUGGUAAUACGAAAGAUAAAACAAAUCCUGACAUAAUAUAGAUUUUUCUUAUCACAUGAUAAAAAUGAUUAUUUGUUUCUCUGUUUUAACUCUGUUCAUGUUCUCCAAAUCCUAAAUAAGACUUUCUGUCCAAUGUUAUCAAUUUAAAAAAUUCUUUUUUAGUAGACAUAAUAGAUCGAUAAAUGUAAUUAAUAAUAUACAAUAUACUAGUGCAUAGAUAGUGAAAUCC